AUGAUCUUUUAUGAGGAGAGAAACUUCCAGGGUCACUCAUAUGAGUGGACAGAUUGCCCAGACAUGAACCUUCAUUUCAGUCAAUGCAACUCUAUCAGAGUGAAGAGUGGCUGUUGGGUUCUAUAUGAGAGACACAACUUCUCCGGUUUCCAAUAUGUAACCAGAGGGGAGUACCCUGACUAUCAGUGCUGGAUGGGCUACAAUGACACUAUUUGUUCCUGCCAGACCUUUACCUAUCAUCAUGGUUCCUUCAGAAUGAAGCUCUAUGAGCGUUCUGACAUGGGUGGCCACAUGAUGGAGCUUAUGGAUGAUUGCCCCAACCUCAUAGAACGCUUCAAUAUGUCUGACUUCCAUUCCUGCCACAUAAUGGAUGGUCACUGGCUCAUGUAUGAGCAGCCCAACUAUAUGGGCAGGCACUUCUACUUGAGGCCUGGCGAGUACAGGAGGUACAGCGACUGGGGUGGAAUGAGUUCCAGGAUGGGCUCCAUCAGGCGUAUCAUGGAUCUCUAAUGAAAGGAGUCCUUGUGAAAUGUCUGCUGUAUGCCUUUUUUCAAACACUAAAUAAAGUGGUGUCUGUGCUCAAGUGAAUUCAGUUUUGUUCUUGCUCUCUCUACC